UGGGCAGACUGGUUCAGGGAAAACAUUUACUAUGAUGGGACCUCCUGACUCUGAUAAUUUUACUCAUAAUCUGAGAGGAGUAAUACCACGAAGCUUUGAAUAUCUUUUUUUCCUAAUUGAACGAGAAAAAGAAAAGGCUGGUGCUGGAAAGAGUUUUCUCUGUAAGUGUUCAUUUAUUGAAAUCUACAAUGAACAAAUAUUUGAUUUAUUGGAUUCUGCUUCAGUUGGACUUUUCCUCAGAGAGCAUAUCACAAAAGGAGUAUUUGUGGUUGGUGCAGUAGAGAAAGUUUUGACUUCAGCUGCUGAAGCAUUUCAGGUAUUAACAAUGGGCUGGAGAAAUCGUCGGGUAGCAGCUACCUCAAUGAACAGAGAAUCCUCAAGGUCACAUGCUGUCUUCACUAUCACAGUAGAAUCAAUGGAGAAGAACAAUGAAGUUAUGAACAUUCGAUCCUCUCAACUCAAUUUGGUAGAUUUGGCUGGAUCUGAAAGACAAAAAGAUACUCAUACUGAGGGUGUUAGGUUAAAGGAGGCAGGGAACAUAAAUCGAUCGUUAAGUUGCCUGGGCCAGGUGAUCACUGCACUUGUUGAUGUGGGCAAUGGAAAGCAGAGACAUAUCUGCUACAGGGACUCCAGGCUCACGUUUCUGCUGCGGGAUUCACUUGGAGGUAAUGCAAAAACAUGCAUCAUAGCAAAUGUUCAUCCAGGAUCCAGAUGUUUUGGUGAAACCUUGUCUACCCUUAACUUUGCUCAGAGGGCAAAAUUGAUAAAAAAUAAGGCUGUGAUAAAUGAAGAUACUCAAGGGAAUGUAAAACAACUGCAAUCUGAAGUGAAGAAAUUGAAAGAGCAGCUUGCUUUGAUUACUUCAGGGCAGAGUAUAAAUGGUAUUUCUACUCCUGCUGCUACUGUCAUGCAUGAUGCUGGAAAUACAGGUUAUAUGAAUCAUUUCUUUGAAGCUAUGCUCUUCUUGGAAAAAUGUGAAAGUGAAAAAAAGGUGCUAUUAGAAAAAGUUAGACAACUAGAAGAUCUCUGUAUGACAAAGGAAAAAUUCAUUCAGUCCAAUAAAAUGAUAAUUAAAUUCAGAGAGGAUCAUAUAACUCGCCUGGAAAAAAUACAUAAAGAAGCUCAUGGAAGUUUUUUGCCCAAAGAUCAAGAAGAUUUUUUCAGAGAAUUGAAGGAAGAAUUAAAGAUUCUCAGAGAACAGGUAGAACAGCAUCCACGAGUUUCAAAAUAUGCCAUGGAGAACCAUAUCCUCCGAGAGGAAAAUAAACAGCUUCGUUCACUACAAACAGUGAAAAUAACCCAAGAAAUGGAUGCUCAGACCAUGGCCGAGUUGGAAAAUAUUUUCUUAGAAAUUUCAAAUAAAGAAUGCAAUAAAAAAGGUCAGCAGGUAUGUUCUGCCACCUUGGCAGCAGAUAGCAGUUCUGCAGGAUCUGUUGAAAGGCUGAAGGAACGCCUGCUGCAUACCCAGAGUGAGCUGGCAAAUUCUAAGCAAGAACAUGAAGAAUUCAAGGAGCUAACAAAAAAAAAGCAGAUGGAAUUAGAAUCAGAACUUCAGUCUCUGCAGAAGGCAAAUCAGCAUCUUGAAAAGAUUUUAGAAGCAACUAAAGCUUGUAAACGCCAGGAAGUGUCUCAUCUUAAUAAAAUCCACAGAGAAACAUUAAAGAACAUGACUACACCUACAAAAGCUUAUCAGCUGAGAUCUCGAUUAGUGCCAAGAUUAACUCCUGAAAUGUGGAGACAAGAAUCUGCUGAUAUUCAGAGUUCAGAACAGCCAGUGGAUGAUAUUUUUAAUGAACCCAUGCCUCCUGAGAUGAAUGAGCAAGCAUAUGAGGCUAUUGCAGAAGAGUUGGGAAUGGUGCAGGAACAACUGAGCAAUCUUCAGAUCAAACUAGAUGCAGAGGAAAGUAAAACUAUAAAGCUUCAGCAGCAUAUUAGCAAGUUGGAGCACCAUUCUUCCCAAAUGCAAGAGCUUUUUGCUUCAGAAAGAAGUGAUUGGCAAACAGAAAAGCAAGAGCUUCUUAAAAAAAUAGACUGUCUAGAAAAGCAGUACCAGGAAACUCAGAACACAGCUGACAUACUGAAGAGUGAGGUUCAUGACCUGAGAAUUGUUCUGCAGUCUGCAGAUAAGGAACUGUCUGGUCUAAAAAUGGAAUAUGAUAUUUUCAGAGAAAAUCAGGAGAAAGAAAUCAACGAUCUUUCUAUUAGACAUAUGAAUGUACAACUGCAACUUGAUAAUGUUAGGCUAGAAUAUGAAAAAAUACUUGAAGAAAAAACAGGCCUACAAGAUGAAUAUGAAAAUCUCCAGGAAAUACUGAAAUUUGAGACUGAUCAAUUGACACAGCAGUUCAUUGACAGCAAGCAUGAAAGUGAAGAACUGAAAACUGAACUUCAGAAUAUAUUAGGUUUGUUGGAAAGUGAAAAAGAACAUAAUCGCAAAAUAACAAUGCAGCUACAAGAAGAUAAAGAACAUCAUUCUAAGGAACACUUGAAAGCACUUCAAAUCUCAGAGCUAGAAAAACAGUCCUAUGAAAUGGUGUCAAGAUGUGAGCAGCAGGAAGCAAAAUUGCAGAAAUUGGAGGAAGAUUUAAUUGCUGCUGAAGAGACAGUUGCUUCUUUGCAAAAAAUAAACACUGCUGAUAAGGGGGUUAUAACAGAUCUCAUGAGCCAGAUUCUGGAGAUGAGGAUGUCUGCCAGUCAGAAGACAGAAUGCAUAGAAGGGCUCAUAAGUGAGCUAGAGGACCUAAAAAGUAAGUAUAAUUCCACUUUGAUUGCAAAAGAAGAAAACGAAACUAUUAUUGAAGAUCAGAAGAGACAGAUUGAAGAUUUGAGAGACACCUUGGAGAGAAUACGGGUUGCUGAUAAAAUUGAGAAGGAGAUUCUUUGUGAGGAGCUGGAUCAUACCUCUGAACAGCUGCGCAAUUUAACGGAAGCUUCUAAAAAUCAUGGAGCACUUCUUCAGUCAGCACAAGAAGACUUAAUUAAAAAAGAAGCAUUAAUCCAAGAACUUCAGAAAGAGUUGGACAAAAAGUCAGAAGAACUGGAAAGCAGGAGAAAUGAGUAUGAACUGAAAAUGCAUCAAAUAGACUGUGUUAUGGAAUCUGUUAAUGAAGCAACUCCACAGAGUCCCCAAACUCCAUCAAACUAUGACAGAAAUCUGGCAAAGCUGUUAGAAAUAUGUGAACAGAAAAUAGAAGACCAGAGAGCCACUGCAGUUACCUUGGAAUGUCUUGUAUCCGAGUUAAAUGAAGAAAGAGAUGCUAAAAAUAAUGAAAUAUUAAGAUUAAAGGGUCAGUUAUGUGAUUUCGAAAAUACUUGUCUGGAAAUGCAAGUAUUAAUGGAAAACAAUAGACAUUUGCAGAGCCAGCUUGAAGAAUUCAAAAGAGGGAGGAGGACCAGUGGUACAAAAUAUCCAGAUAUUCAAGACCUAAGAGAAAAAGAGAGGGAACUAAUUGAAGAGAGACUGGCAAAGAAUAAAGCAGUAGAAGAAAUGCUGAAAGCUAUUUCAGAAUUAGAGAACAUCAAAAAUGAUCUUAGAAACAAGGAGAUUGCCUUUCAAGAAAUUAUUCAAGAAGUGGAAUGGUCAAAAGCUUCAGAGUCAAAGGCAUUCAAAGAGAAAGAACAAUUGACACGGGAGCUGGAGGAAGUGUUUGAAGAAAAAGGAAAAAUUGAAACGGAGAUGUCCCUGCUAAGGAAACAGAUUGAGUCUCUUGCUGAAGAGAAUGGAAAGCUGGUUGGUCACCAAAAUGCAAAUCAGAAGAUCCAGUAUCUUGUGAAGUUGAAAAAAGAGAAUGCUAAAUUAAUAGAGGAAGUUGAAGUACUUCGUGUCGAGAAUGCCUUUUUGAAAGGAAGAUGUCAAGAUUAACUAUACCAAGAAAUAAGAAUAUUAAACUGAAUAAUAUCCACAAAGCAAAGGCCUAUGACUAAUCUUAUUGCCAGUAGCCAAAAUUGCUGUUUCCUGAAGGUUGUUAUAAACUAUAAAACAAAUCUGAGUAGAAUAUUCUUGAUCUGAAUAGAUGUUUGGUGCUUCAGUGGAAUUUUCUGUUUUUAUUGCAUUCUUCCUUCAAUGAACCAAAGUGCACAUCAGCCCCAUUUACUUAUAUUGUAAAUACUGUGGAUGAUUUCUGUCUCCUUAAUGACUUGUAAAAUGAUUUCAUGGUUUUCUGUCAGUUUUCUUAUACUGGUUUAAUUUUACACUUAAAAGUCCCUGUAUUAUAUACCAUAAUGUAUAUAUUGAAUGUUGUAUGUACAUUGGAUAUUAAUGUACUUUUUUUAUUACUCAAAUAUAUUUUCUACAAGUAAAAUUUUUUUGUAAAACAAAACUAUUAAUUAUAUCCUAAGUAGGCAAUUCCAGUUUACUAUCCUAGAUUUUCUUUUCAUAGCAUUUUUCUUUCCUUGGCAUUAGUGCUCAUUUUUAGCGGAUUGCUGUAAUUGUGAAACUAAAGCAACUUGAGACUAAUAUUAGAAUUGUCAUCCAAUUAAAGUCACAUGUUGCUACUCUCAUUUAUUGCACUUAGGUAAAUACUAUAUACUACAGUCCAAUGUGAAAAGUUGACUUGGAAAAAUAUUGUUAGGUAAGUAGUUUCAGUAAAGAGUCCAUAGUAAAGUAUUCCCUUUGUAGAUUUUCAGCUACAUAUUAAAUUGCACAAUAAAACUGCUUCCCUAUUUCCCAGCUUAAACCAAGGGAUGCUGAAUACAUAGUCUUUCGCACUAUUAUGCCAUCAAGAGUAUUCCCUCCCCUUAGUAAGUAUUUUAGAAACUUGAUCAAUUUAUAUUUCUCACUGGGAUAUUAUUAUUCUUUAAGAAAAUGUGGACAUUUUACAUCCUUUUGUUAUCAUCUAGCUUUCUGUUCCAUUAUUCUUAGUUUGACUGAAAUAAUAAAGGUAUGUAGAUUGGUUGGUUGGUUUGGUUUACAAACCAUGUAAAUGUUAAUGCAUUCUUGAGUAUUUUUUUAAGUAUAAGAU